GACUCCGGACUCGCUGACCAGAGGAGCUUCAUUUUGGAUCCCCCACCACUGCUUCUAUCUGUCAACCACUCGUCUCCAUCUUCCUACCUUUCUACUUUCCCCCUCCAGAGCUCGUGGAGGUAACCAGACGUCUCCAUGGCUGACCGUUAUUCGUUCUCCCUGACCACCUUCUCCCCCAGUGGAAAGCUGGUUCAGAUUGAAUAUGCCUUGAACGCCGUCAACUCGGGUGUGACUGCCCUUGGAAUCAAAGCCACAAAUGGAAUCGUCCUUGCUACGGAAAAGAAGUCGUCUUCGCCCCUCAUCGACCCCCCCUCCCUCUCCAAGAUCUCGUUAAUCACCCCCGACAUUGGUAUGGUCUACGCCGGUAUGGGUCCUGACUACCGCGUGCUGGUCGACAAGGCCCGCAAGGUGUCUCACACCGGCUACAAGCGCAUCUACAACGAAUACCCCCCGACCCGGAUCCUGGUGCAGGACGUGGCCCGUGUCGUGCAAGAGGCGACGCAGUCCGGUGGUGUCCGACCGUACGGUGUCAGUUUGCUGAUCGCCGGCUGGGACGAGGGUGUCGAGCCCGAGUCGGAACAAGCGGCGAAGGGAGAGGAUGAGGACCCGGAGUCCCGCAAGGCCACGGGCAAGACGGGCGGUAUCCUGAAGGGUGGCCCCAGCUUGUACCAGGUCGACCCCAGUGGCAGUUAUUACCCAUGGAAGGCCACGGCCAUCGGCAAGCACGCCACGAGUGCGAAGACCUUCCUUGAGAAGCGUUACACCGAGGGUCUUGAGCUGGAAGAUGCCAUUCACAUCGCCCUUCUGACGCUAAAGGAGACCAUCGAGGGCGAGAUGAACGGGGACACGAUAGAGCUUGGCAUUGUUGGCCCUCCCGCCGACCACCUGCUUGGCUACGAGGGCGUCGAGGAGUCCCGGGGACCCCGAUUCAGGAAGCUGACCAAGGAGGAGAUCGAGGACUACCUGACCAACCUAUGAUUGAUACACGCUUGGACCUUUGUUAUUCAACGAACCUUCUAGUUUAAUAGACAUCUGUCGAGUCUGCGAGGUUCUCGGGCACCAUACAAUUAGCACAUGGACCGUACUCGGUCUGCGACGACAAGACCUUUGGGGUCUGCAAUUGAUGAGAUAGUCGGGCGUUCUGCUCAUUAAUGCUUGCGAUAAAAGAAAGAAAUAUCAUAUGGGAAUGUAUGCGUUUUAUC